AUGGCGUCAGAUGAUGCACUGUUAGAAGAAUUGACCAAGGAUGGCAAGAUGGACUAUGCAGAGUGGCCUGGCCUACUAGACCGCCUGUUGCCCAGAUUGGACCAUAUCGCCUACAAUGACUUCCCUACGCCAUCGAUACCUUUACCGGGAUCCCUCCCACCGUCGCUGAAAGAAGAACAUGUCUCCGUCAAACGGGAACCGCCAUUGAAGGAGGAACCGUUCAGAGAGAGACCAAGUUUCCAAGAAGAGUCUGGAGAUACGAAACAGGAAGCUCCCGAGAAUGAAGAGCAAGCCGGCAUCAAGGCAGACCCAUCAAUAGAAGACUCAAAAUCGACCAUCAAAACCGAAUCCUCUCCAACAACCGACAAUGCCGCCCUACCACCAGCAAACACCCUCCCACCCCCACUGCUCUCCCUCCUCAGUACCAUUCAAUCCACCCUCCGCUCCGGCUUCCCCACCGCCCCACCUCACACGGCCCAACGCCUUGCCGAGCUUCUCCUCUACCCCACCAACCACUACAAAACGCUGCCCUCCUACCUCCGCGCCCUUGACCGAAUCGUCUCAGUCGCCAGUCCAGCUUCCGUCUUCCCUCUCGCUACGCUCACUCCUGCAGCUACUACGAAUGGUCGUCUCCUCAAUGGCACGUCAUCGCCGAGUCCUGGUUCGGCGGAUAAGGAUUUCAUUGGCGGGGCUGAGCUGACGGAGAUACCAUGGAUAAGGCUUACGGGGAGUCCGACGCCGAUCCAUAACGGUCCAACCAGCGACUUGAGGACCGAGAGCACAAGCGUCAUCGAUGGACCAAAUGGAGCUGGAUCGGUGGAAACGGUCACGGUGAACGUGAACGGUGUACACAGCGCCCACCCCCGCGACGACAGCAACAUCAGCCACGGAAUCACCCAAGGAGAACUGCUACGUCAAGAGCAAGAAGCCGGAAUCGUGCCUGUACCAGCACCUACACCGAACGGAAGGGUCACGCGCAGCAGUGCCGCCGCUUCGGCUGCUGCGACAAGAGCUGUGGGUGGGGAUGUCGAAAACAUUCUGGACUCCGAGGAAAUUGAGCCCGUGCAUGCGAGAGGCCCGGAUGUGAUAGGGAUGGAGGACAUGGGACCGCAGACCCCGAGGAGUGGAUUGGCGGGUGGGAUUGACCUUGAGGGGGCGUUGGGACGGAGGGGGGAGGGUGAGACGAUGGCAGCUACGGUCGGGAGGGCGGCGGACGAGGAAGAGGAAAAGGGGGACGGGAAGGAUGAGACCAAAGACGGCGACGGGGACAUAGUUGUGGCGGAUGCAGAUGGAGUCGCGGAGGGCGACGAUGGGGCGGCAGACGAAAGUGGUGAGAACAAGGGACCGGAUGCGGUGGAUAGUACGACUUUGUGA